AUGACGACGUGCCGGAAGUUACUCACGGAUCCGGCGAGUGGUGCUCGACUGGUACCGGAAGUGACGCAAGUGGUGCUCGUGUUGACGGAUGGUGUCAGCACCAAAGGAUUGGGUAAAAUGAGCAUAAGUGAAGCCGCUUACGAUUUGGGUAAACGUGGCAUAAUAAGCAUCUCUCUGGGAGUCGGAAACCUGGAUGAUAAAGAACUUCUUGCCAUCGCCCAAGGCAGCUCAAGCGCCACCUUCCAUGUUGAUGAUGCGGAGAGUUUGAUGGAUAUAAUUGACACAGUUGGGAUAUCUGCUUGCACGGCAACCUUACCUCCAACUACUACAACUACUACAACUACUACUACAACAACAACACCUACCACAACUACUACUCCUACUACUACGACUACAACUACGACUACAACAACAACAACAACGCCAUCUAUCACCACUACGCCAACUACAGGCUUUCUUCCAUUUACAACCUCUAAGUCAAUUGCAGCUUCUACACCAACUACAGCAUCUCCGCCAGCUACAAUAUCAAAGUCCAUUACAGGUUCUACACCAAUUACAGCUUCUCCGCCAGCUAAAAUAUCAAAGUCAAUUACAGGCUCUAGACCAACUACAGCUUCUUCGCCAGCCACAAUAUCAAAGUCCAUUACAGGUUCUACACCAAUUACUGCGUCUCCGCCAGUUACAAUAUCAGAGUCAAUUACAGGUUUUACACCAACUACAGCUUUUCCGGCAGCUACAGUUUCUAGAUCAAUUACAGCUUCUACGCCAGCUGAAGCCUACAGGCCAACUACGUCCACAUCAACUACAGCCAAUACGCCAAUCACACCUCCUACGCCAGCUACUACUACCUCCCCAACAAGAAGUACACUUUCCACCACUGCCCAACCGUCUGUAACCAGGGAGUUCACCGCGGCACCUGUGACCCACAUCGUGCCUGGUGUACCUACCACGACUAAACCAAUAACGACCAGUGAGUUGGAGGAUUUCCAUGUAGACAAAGAGUAUGGCGGGCGGGUGACGCCACAGACGCCACCAGAUGUCGGCUUUUCCUGUUCCUCAUGGAGCGAGUGGGAGGAGUGCGACCGCCCAUGCAACGGAGGGGUGCAGACCCGUUACAGAGACUGCUGCGGGAAUUGUGGAGUGCCUGACACAACGCAAACGCGCAAGUGCAAUACUCAACCUUGUGCAGUUCACGGUAGAUGGAGCCAGUGGACGGAGUGGUCAGCCUGCACAGCUAGUUGUGAUGGGGGCGCCAGGGGGCGAACUCGGUCGUGCACGGCACCCCAUCCUGUCGGAGACGGUCAAAGUUGCCAGGGGUCAUCUGUGGAGUUCCAGAAUUGUAACUCACAUCGCUGCCCAGUGUGUGAAGGAAGUCACGUGCGCGAUUACACGUGCUCACCCCACGUGCCGUUGUACUUAUACUGCCAGCGCGGCACGGUGAAGGUCACGGGCGUCUGUGCAGUGUACAAUUUUAUACGGAACAUGUGCAUUCCGAUCCCGGAUCUCCUGAACCAACUCAACUCCCAAUGCAGCAGCACGUCGUUUUGCCGAGUUACUAACACGUGUGGUGACCUCGACUACCUCUCCAUCCGGGUUACCUACCAAUGCUGUGACGUCACCCCUGUGUGUGACCAAUGGAGCAAGGCGCCAGAAUGUCAAUCAUUCACUGGUCCUUAACAUGUGAUGCUCAGUUGACCGAGACGUUGUUUCUGCACAGAGAAGUCAGCUGUAUCGCCGGCAUGGUGAUUCUUCGUUAGACCGUGGCUUCAAUUCACAAAAGAAAUUAAGUCCAAAAUUACCAGAUGUUGAUAUAUUAGAGCGACAAGCUACGCGCGUAAUUGUAACUAAACCCAUCAUAAAUUUGCAAAACUUGAUCAAAGGGAGGAGUGUGUGAUGCCUCUUUUCAAGGUUAAUAACAUUGGCUUUUGAUUAUAUAAUGAGGACCCCAACACCGGUACCGAUACUUCAUUUUAGUUUCUUUGAGAGAAUUACAGAAGUAUCCGAUACAUUCGCUCCAUUCGGAAUGGAUGAUCCGAGUACUUACUGAUCCGCCGACUAAAUAUGGCCGACCACAAUUCCAAAGCGAUGCCGCUGAUUCCUGAUGGUUUCCCCGACUCUACACGCGCCUUUAAACGGAUUAGAUAUGUGCUUCGAGGUUUAAUUGCCAGGCCCCUGCAGCAA